AUGGACCUCUCCCCGCGGGUUCCGGCGCAAACAGCCGCUGAUCGGGGCGUUCAGGCUUGUGAGAUGUGUCACCGGAAAAAGACAAAAUGCGAGAUCGAUAGGUCAAGUACAACUUGUAUACAGUGCAUACGCCGCGGAACUCACUGUGUUUUCCCUACAAAGCAAGAAAAGCGCGAAGAUCACCAAGGUGGCGAUGACUAUGUCCAAUCUUUGAAAGAGCGGCUGGUCAGAAUCGAGUCGCUGUUGAAAACGGCAGGUAUCUUGCAAGAAGGCGAUGUUAGCGACGACCUUUCUGAUGAUGAAGACGAUGCGGACUGUGACAUUCCGUCCCCGUCAGGUCCACCGACCCGACUUGCAGCAUCUUUAGCGACGAAAUGUGGAGACCUUGAGGGGACGCCUAUCUUCCGAGCAGACGAACGAGAUGACUCUCGUUAUUUUGGGAAAUCAUGCUCGCUAUCAAUUCUAUCGCGCACAGGGAUAGAGUGGAUCAAAAGCAAGACAGGCGACGUCAGUUUCUUGCGCAUUGUGUCGCCAGACUCUAUUCACGACAAUCCGUGGAAUCAAUGGCGCCCAGAUGUAUUCCACGACCUCUUUGCGUCACAGGUCUUCAAGCCUCUACCAUCAAGGUCUGAGGUGUUUUCUCUUAUGAAGGACUUUUUCCGGACGGCCAAUCGUCUCUUUCCAAUCUACCUUGAGUCGUCAUUUAUGAAAAUGGUUGAAUGGCAAUAUACCCAGCAGACGUGUGAUGACGCUGCUCGUUGGGCCAGUAUCAAUAUGGUCAUUUCCUUGGCUUAUGAAUAUCGAUAUUCGAGUCGUCACAAGUCAGAGAAAGACAAGGAAAGAGCUGAAUUAUACUUCAAGAACGCCAUGUCGGUCUUCACGGAGUUAGCACUGAAGCGCACUGAUCUGCUGAGUAUACAGGCAUUAAUCAGCAUGGCGUUCUUUCUUCGUGGCAACUCUGGCACCCAGUCGGCUUUACCUCUCAUAACUGCAGCUAUGCGAUCUGGUCAACGUAUGGGUCUCCAUCGGGACAUCGCUAGGCCAGACCUUAGUCCAGCUGCACAAGAAGAGAGGCGACGGGUUUUUUGGGUCGCUUUUGUGAUUGACCAAAGCACAUGUUUACGAAUUGGAAAUGCCCCAUCACAACAUCCGGAUGAUUUUGACGUCCCCCUUCCAGAAGAGAUGGAGAGUGAUAGGCUUGAUGGCUCUCCACACAAAAUCACAUUCUUCCGCCAAAUGUGCCGAAUGUCCGUCAUAAAAGGCCGCAUAUACAGCCGGCUGUACUCUGCCAAAGCACUACUGCGUCCUCCAAUUGAGAUCUACAGAACUGUGAAAGAGCUACACGCAGAGCUCGAGGAGUGGAAUCUCGACUCUCCGCCCCUCAGCGAACAUCAAGUGAAAAUCGACGAACGCGAUUUCUUGUAUGGAUUUGCAUCUCUCGGCCUACGCUUUGUUUAUCACAAUGCCCUCAUCAUGAUACAUCGGGUGCCAUUAUUCAUUAAUUACAUAGUAACAGCCCGCAAUGAGCCAGAAAGGCUUCAGGCCCUCAGCAAAGCACAUGCAGCAAAAUCAGGAGCUAUUGGCACACAGUCUGCUCGCGACACACUAAAACUCAUCAAUAAUAUGCCAUGGGGAGACAUUGCAUGGACAUGGUCAUUGUUAUACUAUGUCUUCUUAGCAGCAACCACGAUAUUCUCGGCCAUCCUACGGGACACCCGCCAUCCUCACAUUCAAGCCGAUCUUCAAUCCCUCACCAUGGCCUCGACCUUCUUUGCAACACUCACCCCAGGCAGUGGUCCAAACAACUACGCUGGGUUCAUGACCCGCAUGAGUGCCACUCUGGAACGCAUUGCUCGAGUCGUAGUGGAAAAAGACGGCAAGAGAGCAAUUGCAUCGAUCGAAGGCAAGGAGCAAAAGUCCGUUGGCAAGAAACGACGCAACUCUCUUACUACACAUACCCCGAGACAAUACCAACCCGCCAACCCCCAUCUGUCAAUGCCUCCUACUGCCUCAUCAAUCCAGGCCCCAAAUACCAAUCAAAUGAACAUUGGAAUCCCCGACACCAUGGAAGGCUUCCCACCUGUCAACUCAUCCGGCUACGUGGUACCCAUGAGUCCAAGCUCAGCCCUAGCCCCGAACCCAGAGCAACAAUUCCAUAGCCAAGCAGCCAACUCCGCCCUCCCUGUCCACAUACCUGCAUGGCAGCUAUCUCAAGACUUUUCCACGACCCCAAGCACUGCAAUCCACUCCCCGGAAUCCUUCAGCAGCACCAACCCGAUACCGGAUUUCUUCCAAGUUCCCAUGUCUGGGGACUGGGACUACAGUGGAAAUCUGUUUGCCGGUCUCUUCCCGACAGAGUACAAUUUCCCACCGCCUCAUCCCGCUCCGGCAGAUGCAUAUCCGUCCAUGCCGAUUUUGUCGGCUGAGUCGUUUAUGACCGGUGCGCCGGCUGCGGAUGGUCAUACGGCCCAGUCUGCUGGUUUAGAUCCUCAGAAUUGGGGAUAUGGGUUUGCAACUGAGGGUCAAGAGGACGGAUAUCAAGGGUCUGAUUCGGCUUGGUCAAAUGGGUUUUUGGGACUAUUCUAA